AUGAAAAAUGCUACCGUACCACCCGUAGUCAUGUCUUCCAGUACUACUUCCGGAUCAUCUCGGGGGAUCAACAAUAAACGUCAGCAGCAGAUUUACAGUCCAGGUAGUGGACCGCUACGGAAAACCGAUUCAAGUGCGAACAACCGAUCGCAUCAUUCCGAUCAAUCAGACGAUCAGCCAAGGUCACGUUGGCCGGUUGAAGGAUCCGAUGCGGUAACAAGUGGUUCUAAUCGGGCUUCUUCUGGCCAGAUUCAGCAGUCCACGAUGGACCCAGGCGUGUCCGGAAACCGCCCAGCAGGAAGCGUCAAUUGGCGACUGGAAGGAAAAUCAAACUAUGCUAAUAAUCAUCCGCCACGCGACGAAAUGAGUUCAAGGAAUUUUUUACCGAAUAACGCCCCGAUAAACAGCCGUGCAGAUCGAAUGCAGCGUGAUACGCGUAGUGUUGAACCGCGCUUUAUUAGCGGUUCUAAGAAACCUUCCAUACCAUCGCUUUCGCACCUGGAGAACCUGGCGCCCCGAUUACAGAAAAAAACACUCCAAGAUCUCGGACUUCCGCUGAACUAUCUAGAGAUUAAGCGGGCUGAACAACAGCAAGCGAUGUCUCAAACGAUGCCGAAUCGUAAUUGUUCUCGCCAAAAUCGAGGACGUAUCCGCUACUCUGGCGGUGGACCUGGUGGAGGAGCAGGAAAUAGUGCCUGCUAUUCAAACGCUGCAUACAAUGCUGGACGAGCAAUGGGCAGUGGACGUCAAAUGAACGACGACUAUUAUCCGCGUCCUCGCAGUCGUUCGUCAGAGGUUGAUACCGUCCCGGAUAGAGGCUAUGCACCGCGAAGAGGUCAAAACAAUAGAGAGACGAAAUUAGAUGCUGGAACAAGCAGUCGGAAUUCGAGUUGUGACCGAUCUAGGGGUACUCCUAUCGGAUAUAGCGGUGACGGUGGUAGAACUGGAAACCGAUACAGACAGUACUCGACUGAUAGUAACUCAACAAUGCCUGAUAUGCAAAGUAACGAAGAGCUAAGCGGUUUGGUUACCGAUGGUGUUCCUUUGUUAAAGUCAACUAAUCAUUGGAGUCAAAAAGAAUCAUUGGACUGGGCGGAUGAUGAAGGUUUGGAUUUGAAUGCUGCAGUUGACCAUUCGGGUAGACGAUGGCAAGGAAACGUUGAUAUGGAGCUAGUAACACCGUCCUCUAGUAAAUCGGUUCCACCUGCAGGCAAUUAUCGUAACCGACAACGGAAUCGAAGGGAUAAGCUCAAACGAUCUUCCGAUUCUCGAUCCCGAAAUGAUUUUUACGAUGAGUUUAAAGUGCCGUACCAACCGCAACGAGCUUCCAACCGCAGCCGACGAAAUUCUCAAUCAUCUAAUGUAAGUCGUGAGAAUAGCUCCGAGCGCGGCUACCCACGAGGCCAUGCUAAUCGACGAGGACAUUAUCGAGACACUAGUAUCGACCGAAACUAUGAAUCAGGCGGACGGUUUCGAAGACAUUCACGUGAUCGUUAUAUGAAUCGUAGCCGGGAUAACAGUCUGAAGCGGGAGACAGGUGACCGACAGCACGAUGAAGAUUAUAGCGACAACUGGCGAUGUGCAAGUACCAAUGGAGCGGGACCGUUGGUCCACAAAACUGAUCAGGCGAUUGCUGAGAUGACAAAACAGUUCGAAAGCUCAAUCGGGAUGCAAAAAGCUCCCGGUGUGUUAGUCAUCCCAACGCGACUGCCGUCCAAUAACACCGAAACCAUGUCAACAGUGGGACCAGAGUAUAACGAACGUAGACCAACAAAGACUUUAUUCGAUCCAAAAAAUCCAUCCCAGCCGAUUAUCGUAACACGAACGCAGGCAAGAACACAUCCGCGUGAAAAUUUCAGACGUGAUGAGACAAGGGAUUUCGAAUCGAAUUAUAAUUUUAAAAUAUCGGGUGGACCGGCCUGGUACAAUGCAGAGCAAGCGAAACUGUUGCGUCAAAAGGACUUGGUCUACCAGGUAGUGGAAGCGGACGCGCAGCUUCAAGAACUGGUCGAGCGAGGCAACACGUUCACUGAAUGGGAUGAAUUUAUGGCGAUUCGUCACCGGUUGCAGCAGUUGCUUGAAACGUUCUUGGUAAAGGAAAUGCGUUUCGCGCAGGAUGUAAAUUUGGAGCACCAUUUCUGGAAGCUGCUGUUUUACGGCAUAAUCGAACAGUUACGAAAGAUGCUAACUGAGACGCAGGAUGAGCAACAGAAGCAUUUCCUGCAGGAACGAGCGCUGGAAGUGGUUGAAGGUGGAACGAAAUACUUUGAACAGCUUUUAGCAUUACUCGAACGAGAGUACCGAUUCAAUCUGGAACAAUUUAUUGGUGUGAAUGCUGCAUCGAGCGUGAAAGGACUGCGAUAUGGGUUGGCACUCGUCUCUUCCCAGAAAAUAUUCUUAUUUUUGGGCGAUCUGGCGAGAUACCGGGAACAGAUAACUCAAGGUCAAAACUUCCGCAAAGCCACGCAGUGGUACGUGAAAGCACAACAAAUAUUGCCAAAGAAUGCACGCCCGUACAAUCAGCUUGCCUUACUAUCCGUAUACGCGAAACGAAAAAUCGACGCUGUUUAUUUCUAUAUGCGAAGCCUAAUGUCUUCUAAUCCCUUCGAAUCUGCACGGGAGAGUCUAAUGGAUUUGUUCAACGAAACGAAAAAGAAGUUUGAGAACAAUCAACGCAAACGUGCAGAAAAAUUAAAUGCAAAGCGCAAGGGAAAAGAGCAACAGCGGUUCGACGGUAAUUUGCGACGUGAAAUUUGGAUUCAUCCAGAGGGUGGACUGCGUUUGCAUCGAACUGGGCCGAUGUAUCCGAUCGGUGCUGGCAAUUUUUGUGAUACGAGCGAUGACGAGGAACUGAACAGUCUCAACACAAUCGACCUGAAUAAGCGAUUUAUAGUCAGCUUUUUGCAUGUGCUCGGCAAAUUGAUCACGAAGACGGGCAUGGAAUCAUUUACCCAGUGUGCUUAUCAGAUGUUGCGUGAGUUCCGUGCCUUGAUGCAGUAUGCUCCAAUCGCUGUUACCAGUUAUCGACUGCUCCAACUAAUGUCGCUGAACAUGUUUGCGAUCGAGAUGACAAAAUUAAAAGAUACAUCCACAACGCAGGCAACUCGGUCAGAAUUGCAGGAGUGUGCACUCUCAUCCGGAUUGCUGAUGUUUGGGAUAUUACUGGAACGCUUAAUCUGUCUAAUACAGGAAGGGCUGGAAAAGAUUAAAGAUGAUACGAAAAGAACGACUAGCGAUGCCAACAGUACGGAUGAAGUCCCGAAGCUUAUCCUGCCCGAUGAUGCCAAAGUGAUACUACCAGCAAUUAAGGUCUGGUGCGAUUGGAUGAUGUCCAACACGGAAAUUUGGAAUCCACCUCCAUGCUGUGCUGAUCUUAAAAUCGGAAAAUCAAACGCCCACGAUCCGUGGUCCGAAUUGGCGGUACUGAUGAAUAUACUGAAGUGCUUGGAUACGAACCGGAGCAUAUUGUCCGUGGAGCAAAAGCAAGGGUACGAAACAGUGCGACUGCCAGAAGAUGUUACCCUUGCCGGUUUCACACCACUUAUGUACUACGAACCGGAACCAAUUUUUGUGCAUCCCGACUGCGACAUGGAAGAGGCACAAAAUGUGCUACGCAUACAGAAGUUGCUCUAUUUUGGUACCGAUCGUUUGUGUAACUGUGAUCCGCCGGUGCUUUGCCGGGAAGCUGUGUCAAGCGGGACAGCGGAAAGUGCUGCUCAGUUUUACAGCGUGGUAGAAAGCCGAAUAGAAGGGCUGGGUGAUAUGGAUAUCCUAGUGGAAAGCUUCAGCGAUGACGAAGCGCUACCAACACCGGACGAUCAGAACGAUGCCAGUAAUGCGCCGGAGAAUGCGGAACGCACCGAAUUACAGGCCAAAGUUGAGAGCUGUACAUCACCUUCUGCCGAAAGUGGCGUUUUAAGCGGUAACAUUAGCAACAGCCCAAGUUGCCUUGAAACGCGCAAGCUGUUGCGGCUGAAGGACGAGCUCGAGCGCAAGCAACGGAUGCAGGAGAAACAUAACCAGCGAGUGCAAGACAUUCUUUCGCAAAGCACGAUAGCGGUCACUAUCCAGGUUCGUCCAAGGUUUUUAGUUCCAGACACGAACUGCUUCGUCGACUAUCUGCCAGCGAUUGAAAUGAUCGCCAAAGCGCAUCCACUUUACCAGUUAAUGGUACCAAUCAUCGUGAUUAACGAGCUCGAGGGUCUUUCAAAGGGAAUAAGACAUCAGCCACCGAAACAGCAGACGUUGGCUGGUACAGCAGUUAGUGAACUGUUAGUACCGGCAUCGAAAUCAUUCGCAUUACCUACUGCUCCUGCAAGUGCUGCGGACACGGGUACUAUACCAACCAGCAAUAGUGCACCGAUACCCAACCUCCAGCAUGCCGCCAAGGUCGCCGAAUCGUCAAAGAAAGCGUUACAUUUCAUCAACUCACGCAAUCCGGCCCUCAAAUGCGUUACGACGAAGGGAUCCAUAUUGAAAACGUCAUCAUUCACGGAAGAGGAUGAUGUAGGAGAGCUCAAGUCUAAUGAUGAUCGUAUACUGGAGACGGCGCUUAAUCUUUGUCGCUACAAUGUGAAAGACAAACAGAUCGAAAAUCGCAACCUAACUCUCGACGUCGUACUGUUAACGACCGACAGAAACCUGCGCGUGAAAGCCAUAUCAAACGACCUACCGGUGCGAGAAUUACCAGAUUUUAUCAAGUGGGCUGGGCUGAGCGAUUAG